AUGAUGAUGGUGAGCGAACUUCAGGAGAUGGAAGAUACCGACUUGGCCGCUUUCCAUUUCUCAUUAAUCAACAUAACCGGUUUUCAAAUGUUUGAUCGUAUGGACAAGAAGUAUCUGCAGAAUAGGAAGGACUUCGAAGAAACAUAUCGAGAACGAUUUCCCACCUUCGAUUAUCUACCGGACCAGUUUAAUCUUUAUGAUCCAUUUUUCACUUCUCAGGCAAGCAGCGCCUUUGCUCACGAUGCUCUGCUUGUCGCUGGUGCUGGGCUCGAUCUCACUCUGAGAAAAUAUGGACUCUCCGUGUUUGCAGAGAGUUUUUCGCGACAUCAGCUGUUCAACCGUGGCCUACCGGGACUAUAUUGUCGUCCGCACGAGGACAGGGAUAAUCCCGAUCGAAAGUUCGAGCAGUUUGAAUUUGGAGACAAGAUCGCUGAAUCGCUCAAAGAG